CUUUUUGGCUGUGAUCAUUUUUAUUGAAGCUGUUCGAGAACAUGGAAGUACGAAAGAUUUUAAUAAUUUUUUGUUCGACUCUUCUUUUUGCGUCAUGCAAAGGUUCUGAGAUUUUUGGGGAACAAGUUCAAUUGCUUAAUUUUGAGAAUAAAAAUAAGACAGUAACAUUAGCAGAAGGAGCACUAGAGAGACUCUUUUUGGAUCCACAAGUGUCUGAUCGUGAAGUUGUCAUUGUGUCAAUAGCUGGAGCACUAAGGAAAGGAAAGUCAUUUUUGCUCAACUAUAUGCUGCGAUAUCUAUACGCAAAUUAUAGGUCUAUAAAUACGCCCGAUAAGGUUAUCAAUGAAGCAAAUGAUUGGAUUGGUGAUCCUAAUGAACCAUUGAAAGGAUUUGGAUGGAAAUCAAGCACGCAACGAGAAACGACUGGAAUUCUGUUCUGGUCUGACAUUUUCCUGCACGAAACUUCAAAUGGAGAUAAAAUUGCGAUUUAUUUAGUGGAUACACAGGGACUGUUUGAUCAUUAUAGCUCACCGACUGAUAAUAUUAGGAUCUUUUCAUUGAGUGCAUUAAUGUCGUCUGUGCAGAUUAUGAAUAUGUUUAAUAAUUUACAGGAGAGCGAUUUGGAUUUUCUGCAAUUCGCAACAGAAGUAGCCCUAUUUACAGCAGUCGACGAUGAAUCUAUCAAGCCAUUCCAAAAGCUUUUUUAUAUCAUUCGAGAUUGGAGCACCCCAGAUGAGUAUGAUUAUGGACAUGAAGGUGGGAAUCAAUUUAUCAAGUCAUUCCUUAAAAUUCGAGAUUUUCAUUCAGAAGAAUCAAAGAAGGUUCGUCAGUACGUCCAAAAGUCAUUUGAUAGUAUUGAAGGAUUUUUGAUGCCACAUCCUGGAAAGAUUGUCGCCAGAAAUUCAUCGUAUGACGGUCGUUGGGGUUUGAUUGAUGAAGAUUUUGUUGAUGUUAUGAAGGAAUUAGUUCCACUUUUAUUGGCACCAAAAAAUCUAGUAGUUAAAACUGUGAAUGGAGUGACUGUAAAGGCUUUCGAGCUUGCUGUUCAUAUGAAGCAGUACAUCGAUCUUUUCAAGUCUGAAUCCUUACCAGAAGCUAAGACAAUUUAUGACUCAACACUGGACAGCCAAUUUAAUAUUUUGAUGAGCAAGUCUGUUGAAAUUUACGUCCAAUCUAUUCAGCUGUUCCAAAAUAAUAUUACAGUUGAGGAUGAAAUUGAAUCACUCCACAAUCUGUCUAUGGCCAUAACAUUGAGAUAUUUUGAUGAUGAAAAGAAGUUUGGAAAUGAGCAGGAAAUAUUAAGCUUUAGAAAUCAGCUGAUUCAUAAGCUUAAAAAAGCAUACGAUGAAUGGAAGCCAAUUUCAUUGGAACUAUUGAAUAAAAUAAAAGUGGAACAAGCAGAAGCUGAUAAGCAACGAGUGCUGGCAGAAAAGUCUAAAUCAAAUGGCGAUCAAUUCAAUCAAAAGGCUGACAAAUUAGAAGCUGAAUACAAGUUAAUACAGAAGAAGUUAGAGACAGCACGUUAUGACUCAGUUGAAUCACGUAAAGAAGCUGAUGUGAUCAAGAAGAGAUUAGAACAGACUGUAAGAGAAAGAAAUGAGGCACUGAAAAAGGCAAAAGAGGAAAGACAACGGUAUGAAGAAUUAUUCAACAGAGUCAAUGCUUUGGAACAGCAGUUGUUAUACGAACGAGAGAAUGCACAACGGCAAGUCAACACAAGAGUUCAGAAAAUCAGAAAAAAUGAUGGAAUUCUGCAAUAUUUCCAAGGAGUUGUGCUGAACUUCAAUAACUUCAUUCAAAAGACAUACAGGAGCAUCGCAAGCUUUUUCAGCUUUGGUGCAUGGUGAGUUUAAUGGAACCUAUUAAACUGAUUGGAAUCAAAUUAAAUGGACUUAUCACAUUGUGACCAAACUGUAUAAUCUUAAACUUUAUACUGAUGUAAAUAAAAAUUUACAUUUUACUUAAUCAA